AAAAAAAAAAAACAAGAGACAGAGAGAGAGAGAAAGAUGGGUUGUGUUUCUUCGAAACUAGGCAAGAAGAAACUCAUAAGAGAGAUUAGAGUCAACAAUGGCGGCGAUCACAUUGUCUCACUUACUUCAACUACUUAUGGUCAUCUCGAUCUCGAUGAACGAGCAGAGACUUCUCCUAAGUCACUGGAACUUACUAAAGGAGAAGUCUUUGAAUCUGAAACCAAACCAAGGAUAUCUAUACAGAGAGAUGAUCCGGAGAUUAUCAAUACAUGGGAGCUUAUGGAAGAUCUUGAAGAUUCAAUGCACGUUUCUAAUCCACAGAAGAUUAGUCCCAAAUCUCGUGGUAUAUUUGGGAAAUCAUGGAAGACUCCGGUGAAAUCGGUUGUUGAAUCUCCGAAGAGAGGAAGUAGUAAGAGAUUUGGAGGGAAAGAGAACAGAGGAGGUAAUAUUUCGAGAGGUGUGAGUCCGAAUCAGAUUCUGAAGCCGAAGAACAUUCUUGAAACUCCGAAGAGAGGAGUGAUGCGUUUGAGUUUCCCUUUGAAAUCUGAAGAACCUUCGGUGGUGAUGACGCAGAGGAGGAAGAGUUAUAGUCCAAUGUUUGAUCCAGAUCUUGUGGCUUCUUACGAGAGAGAGUUGUCUCAAGAGCAAGAGCAGAUCAAGAUGGUGAUUUCUCCGGUGGUGCAUGAGAGCAGAAAAACAGAGAAAACCCGAGAGUCGGAGAGAAUUAUUGAGAAGUUCCCUGAAAAAUGUCCACCGGGAGGAGAAAACUCAGUGGUCAUCUACAUAACGACUCUUAGAGGGAUAAGGAAGACUUUUGAGGAUUGCAAUGUGGUAAGAUCGAUAUUAGAUUCACACGAAGUUCGAUUCUCGGAGCGAGAUGUGUCAAUGCACUCGGUUUUUAAGGAAGAGAUCAGGGGCAUUAUGGGAACGAAACAUGUGAAGAUACCGGCGGUAUUCGUUAAAGGGAGGAUGUUAGGAAGUGUUGAGGAAGUUAUGAAGUUAGAGGAAGAGGGCAAAUUGGGGAUUUUACUUGAAGGUAUUCCCGCGGCGAGGCUCGGAGGCAGUUGCUGCCGUGGAUGCGGAGGAAUGAGAUUUGUGAUGUGUGUGGUUUGCAAUGGAAGCUGCAAGGUUAGGGGAGAAGACAAGAAGAGUAUGGUUAAGUGUUUGGAGUGUAAUGAGAAUGGUUUGGUUCUAUGUCCAAUUUGUUCUUGAAAAGGAGAAUUAUCUUAAUCUUUGUUCAGUUUUGCCCUAAUUUUCUUGGAUAAAUUGGGGAAAACUGGAAGAGGGUUUGAUUUUGGUUUGUAAUGAUUUGGUGAGAGAGUUUCUAAAGAUGUGUUUAGGGCUCUUGGUGUGUGUUACAGUUUAAUGGAAUUUGUUUCUGAUGUUUGUAAACCUUUUCAUUUUA